GAGCUGCAGGACUCCCUUCUGACGAGGCAAGGGACUCUGGAAGUGAUGUCUGGCAUCAGAGGAUGGAAGGGAGGCAGCACGGACAGGACAGCUGCUGCCUCCAGUACCUCGUUUUCCUCUCAGGGUCACCUCUGGGAUGACAACAACAAAAGAGAGGCUGAGAAUAUUCAGAAGAUGACAGCAUCUGAAAAGGAGCGAUCUGGCCAAGCAUCAGACUACGAACAACAGCAAGAGGAGUAUGUCAGCCCAUAUGUCCUGAUAACUCCAAACAAAACAAGAAGAAACCAGCUACAGCAAAUUGCUAAGAAAGAGCUAGAUGACCUGGAACGAUGGAGGCAAGAACACAGACCAGGGCCAAUUAACUUGGCUCCACAGAGACUGGGUGGAAAGGAAUCAGAAGUUCAAGCAAGGCAAAACCAGCAAAUGAUGCUCAUCCAAUCUAAAUACCAACAAAAGCACAAGAGAGAAGAAUAUGUAAAAGCAAAAAAGGCAGCUGAAGAAGCUGAAAUCCUGAAAAAGAAAGCAAUUCAGAGAGAAAAGGCAGAGAGACUUGAAGUUAAAAAAAGGCAACAAGAAAUGCAAAGAAGAGAGAUGUUCUUUGAGGAUCAAAAUUACAAAACCAAUGAAUUAUUGAACAGAUUGGACCUGGGCUUGCCAAAGAGUGAUUCCUCUCAGACUGCUAAUCGUAGCCCAGAAUCUACAGCAUGGACCAGGGCCCAUGCUUAUAAGGAAGCUCUUCGAGAGGAUGAAAAUAGAAGAUUAGAGGAAAUGAAGCAAGAACAACGGAGGAAGGCUGAAUUAAUGGAAUUUAAACAAAAGCAGGAAGAGGAAGCCAGGACAAGAGCACUUCAAAAUGAGCAGAGGAGGGUAAAUAAUGCUUUCCUGGACCGACUGCAGAAGAAAACACAACCUGAUAGCAUCUACCAGCCUGGAUAUUCUGGGAGUAUGGGCUACCUCAACAACAGCACCUGGGAGUCAAACUACUUCAAAUGAAGGAGUAAAAGAAAGAAGACCUUCCAACAGGGAGUGGUACGGAGCUGGAAUUUACAAGAGGAAAACACCUUGCUUCUUUCAUUGCUAAGACAAAUUCAUUUUAACAAACUGACUAAACCAUUAUGAUCAGCUAUUCUGAAUUCAAAUCAAACUCGACAGGAAGAUUCCUGUGCUUAGAUUUUAUGGUCUGCCUAAAUCAGAAACUACCUUGCUAUGAAGAAAUGCAACGUUAGUUUAAGGACUGAAAAGACUGAUUCUCCAUUAUGUACCGAAAAGUUGUUUCAACUGUCCCUGGUUUUAAACUACUCUGCUUCAAAAAUAUCUGCUUGACUCCUACUUAAAACUUGCCAAGUUUCAGAUAUCUGAAUCUGAAUGUUCUUAACCACU